AUGUCGGCGCCCGCGUUCGCGUUCGUGGUGACAAGCUUCGAGUAUGCGCUGCACGCACCUGGCCCCCAUGAUACAUUCAGAAGUGCCUUUGGGGACCGUGGUGUACUGUCGCGCGUGCCCGUGCUGUACGCGUUCGGCGCGCGAUCACCAGGCGGCGAGCGUGUGUGUGCACAUAUCCACGACGUGUUCCCGUACUGCUAUGUGCCCUACACGGGUACGCUCGAGCCCGGGUCUGUGUUAUCUCAUAUUGAGCGUUUGGGAAAUGCAUUGAAUGGAGCUCUCGCCGCUGCUCUUCUGCAGCCUGGCACGUCCAUGCACCAUAUCGCAGCGAUUCACUUGUGCAAAGGCACGCCCUUCUAUGGCUACCACGAGCGGCCCCAGUACUACCUAAAAAUCUCUUAUACAGAUCCGUCGCAGCGCCAGCGCAUUGCUAUGCUCCUGGAGAGCGGCAGCGUGCUGGGUCAACGCAUGCAGCCGAUGGAAGCGCACGUCCCGUACCACCUGCAAUUCAUGGUGGACUACAACGUGUUUGGCUGCGACGUACUUACAUGCGACGAGGUACAUAUACGUACGUGUGAUGGUGCAGCGCCAACACGUGAGUCCUACUGUGCCUACGAGGUGGAUAUCCCAGCUUGGGCUAUCGCCAACCGCCGCACCGUUCGAUCCUCGGCGCCCCACAACAUACAAGCGGCAUCUACAGAGCCAGUUAUGCCUGGACUGCGCCCACUAUGGGCCCAGGCACAUGCGCUGCGUGCGCAGCUCGGUUUGGAUGCUUCUAUACCCACUUCGUCGGUGGACGACGACGCUCACCGUCGUGCCGCGUCCGACAUGGUGUGGGACGCGCAGUCACGAUGGGACGCGGCCUGGGACGCACGUGUGCAGCGCGACGAUUCUGCAGCACAGCAGCCUCUGCAUGAACUCGACACGUACGUGCUAGAGACGUUCCGCACCGUGGAGCUCUUUCAUCCCGGCGGAGUCCAGCGAGUGGCGUCCGAGGAUGCAUCAGGGCAAUCGGCCAAAAUGUUCGAUUUAGAGUAUGCGGCAUCACAAGAGGGCUCACUUGAUCUGCCGCCUCGGCCGUCGGCGCCAGCACCAACCGCCGUGCCGUCAUCGCAGCCCGAUGAGGGCCCUAGUUCCGUGCUGUACCCGGCCAAGUCGUCACAGGAGCCAUCGCCCGCCCACUGCGUAGCUGCGCCCUUGUCUGCCGAGAUACGUCCGUGGCCAGCCGCGCCGCCCAGUACUGCCACACUGCAAGCAACGCUGGGCGAGUGGGGCGAGCCAGCCGUGCGGGACCAGGGCGCGCAUUAUUCAUGCACGGCGGAUGUGCCGACAGCCACCACCGGCACGGGCGGUUGUCGGCUCGUGCGGCAGAGCAUGGGCCUCGAUGGCCUCCCGUCGUUCUUUGGCGCGCCACAUCCGAAGCGCCCUGUGGCGGUCUCGUGGUGGCAGUACAGUGCGCCGCCGCCUAGCGCGGAACAAGUACGUGCCUGGCUCGCAAGCGAGGCCGUGGAGCGUGAGACACAGCAGUCGGGCGCAUCGAGUGCGAUAAGCUCGUUGGACUUGGAGCCCGAGUCGCCACUGAUGUCGACACUGUACUUGGAGGUAAUGGCCGUGACACGUGGCGAUCAGAGCCCAGAUCCAGCCCAUGAUGCGGUGCUAGCUAUUGCGUACACCCUGGAUGCAGAAAAGACCGAGGAGGCAUGCUCCUUGCCAGCGACCGGCGUCGUGCUGGUGCAUGACGCUCCGGUGCGCCUCGGACUUGGCCCUCAUGUGCGUGUCACGGCCGUGCCAUCUGAAACGGCACUCCUGGCCGAGGUCGUUCGCAUGGUUCGUACGUAUGACCCCGAGAUCCUUGCUGGCUACGAUGGGCCGCGUUCCAGCUGGGCGUACCUCGUGGAGCGCGCGCGCGCCGCGGCGCUGUUCGACAUGGCACAGGAGUUGGGCCGACUCGUGCGUCCUAGCGCCGCGCGUGCCGCCACGGUGUGGACGACGACGCGCGGCCUUGCGCUGCACGUCGCUGGGCGGCAGGUGCUGGAUGUGUGGCGAGUGCUGCGCCGCGAAGUGGCUCUCGCACAAGACUCGCUGGAGCAUGCCGUGCUGCAAGUGCUGCAGGAGCGCAUGCCUGCCUACACGUCAGCGACGCUUUGCGCGUGGCUCUGCUCAGGGCGUGCGGCGGAUCAGGUGCGGGCAUUGCAGUACGGCAUACGGCGCAUCGACGCUGAGCGGCGCCUCCUCGCGGCGACCGAGGUUCUGGUGCGCACGGCUGCGCAUGCACGCAUGUUUGGCGUCGAUUUCAGCUCCGUUCUGGCACGCGGCUCGCAGUUCCAGGUCGAAGCCGUGCUGCUGCGCCUCACAAAGCCAGCGAGCUAUGUGCUGCCGUCACCGACGCGUGCGCAGGUAGGCCAGCAAAACGCACCCGAGUGCCUCCCACUCGUGCUGGAGCCACGCAGUGGUGCGUACUGGGGGCCCGUGCUCGUGCUCGACUUUCAGUCGCUGUACCCGUCGGUGAUGAUGGCAUACAAUGUGUGCUACUCAACGUGUGUGGGGCGUAUUACGCCGUUCCACGGCACAUACAAGCUGGGCUUCACUGAGCACGCGUCUGAGCCUGGCGUGGCAGCGCGUCUCGGACGCAACGUGCACCUGGCGCCCAACGGACUUGUAUUUGUACGCCCCGAAGUGCGUGAAAGCACACUGGCACGUAUGCUACGCGAGGUGCUCGCCGCGCGUGUCUUGACGAAGCAGACUAUCAAGUGGCGACCGCACGACCGAGCCUUCCAGCGCCGGCAGAACGCGCAGCAGCAGGCGCUCAAACUGCUGGCGAAUGUGACGUACGGCUACUGCGGUGCCAGUGCCUCGGGGCGCAUGCCGUGCGUCGAGAUCGCCGACGCGAUCGUGCAGUAUGGCCGCGAGACGCUCGAGCACGCGAUGGCCGAGAUCGAGCGUGAGCCAGCGUGGGAUGCCGAGGUCGUCUAUGGCGACACGGAUAGUCUGUUUGUGCACCUCCCCGGGCGCAGCAAGGCGGAGGCUUUCCGCCUGGGUCGUGCCAUGGUUGCGCGCAUCACCGCAAUGAAUCCAGCGCCUGUGCGCCUCAGGCUUGAGAAGGUGUAUUUGCCGUGUGUGCUCGUCGCCAAGAAGCGGUACGUCGGGUACCGCUUCGAUGCACCGCAAGCACGUGCUGUCCUCGAUGUCAAAGGCCUCGAGAUGGUGCGUCGCGAUGGAUUCGCGGCCAUGCAGCACAUGCAAGAGGCAUGCGUGCGCCUCCUCUUUGAUACCCAUGACCUGUCUGCCGUCCAGCGGUACUGCGAGCGGCAGUGGGCGAAGUUGUAUGCGGGCGACGUGUCGCCCGUACACCUCCUCCUUGCCAAGGAGGUGCGCCUCGGCACGUACGCCUCGCGCGGCGCCCUCCCACCUGGCGCCGCCGUCGCCGCGCGCGCAGCGCAGCACGACCCGGCAGGUGCACCGCAUCUGUACGAGCGUGUGCCGUACCUACUCGCGCAGGGUGCGCCUGGCACAUGUCUCGCGGACCGGGCCAUCGCACCGACAGAGCUCUUGCGCGCCGAGGCGCCACUUUUGGCCGCCGACGACUAUGUGCGGCGCCGAAUAAUGCCAGCACUCGCGCGCAUCUUCGAUGUGGUAGGUGCAGAUGUGCGCCGCUGGCUCGACCAGAUGCCGCGUGUGCGUGCGCGAUCUACGGGCCUGGCGAGCGCCGCGUGCAGUGUGUGUGGGGCGCGCGCCGCGCCGGCCGUCGGGGCGACUCGUCCCGUGUGUGUCGACUGCCAGCGGAACCCUGAGACGUCCAUGUACCGCGUCGGUGCCGCGCUGUAUGAGGCAGAGGCGCGGCAGCGCGCCGUGCAAGCGCUCUGCUGCGCGUGUGCCCACGAUACGGAACGCCCGCCAUGCGUGGCUGUAUCGUGUGGGAUGCUGUACGAGCGCGCCCGCACAGACCGUGACGUCGCGUCUCUUUCGGCACUGCAAAGGGCACUGGGGGCGCAGGUCGACACUGUGCCGCGCCCGCCCGACCCCUGGACAUGGUAG